GGCUACAAUGCCGCUGCAAGACACCCCAAUUUCCUCUGUUUUCCGAGCCAUUAUAUAAACAAGGGAAUUCAGAGUUGCAGGGGUGUUCUUCAGCGCAGUGAUAACAGAAAGCUCUGAAGACUCCCAAAGGUACAACGUCACGACGCUGUACCAUGGCGUCAGCCUCGAUGCGCUUAGCAACAUCAGUACUUCUGGUGUUUCUGCUUGCUGAAGUAACUACACCAAACCCUUUCAAUUGCAGGCCAGCGAAAAGCUUGAUGAAUGUCGACUGGAGAAAGCUUGAGAAGAAAUUCUGGAUUCAGGCUCUGGUCGACAAACCGCACAAAAUCACUCAGUGCAUUGCAAGGCGUUACCGGGCAAAACAAGGACAACUUGACUCCAGAACCAUAGGAGGAACUGAGCAGGAAGUGUGGAACAUCUCGAAGACUGUCCGCCAUGGAGUGCACAACAGAGACACAAUUCGAUUUCCCAAAACUCGUCGUCCUCACUUCUUUCAAAUACUGGACACGGACUACAAAACAUACCUGGUGGAAAACAACUGCAAUGUAAUGUAA